CCUUUACUCCCUCUAGUGCCUAUGUCUAGCAUUGGUCAAGCCAAAUCAAGAUUUUGCAGCCUGCUUUCCAAGAAAGGCACCCAUAAGUGACUGACCUAUGAGAUGGCAGAGAAUGGAAGAAGUUGUGACUUGAGGCGCAUCGCGAUGAGCAAAGAACACCACAAUGGAAGCUUUCUAGGCAUGGCAGAGUCCUCUUUGUCCAGUGAACAAAGGCGGAAAGAGCAAGAAGCACGUCAGAGUAUCGUCCUCUGGGGAAAACCAGUUGUUACCUUGCAGUAUUUUUUCCUGGAAACAUUAAUAAAUGCAAAAGAAUGGACCAUAAAAUUGUGGCAUCGCCGAAGGAUACUGGUAUCUCUUUUACUACUGCUUGCCGUUCUUACAUCUACGUAUUAUAUCGAGGGAGCACAUCAACAGUACGUGCAGUAUAUGGAGAAAAAGUUUUUAUGGUGUGCCUACUGGGCGGGGUUAGGCAUCUUGUCCUCAGUGGGACUUGGAACAGGUCUUCACACCUUUCUGCUCUACUUGGGCCCACAUAUAGCAUCUGUGACGCUGGCUGCUUACGAAUGCAACUCUGUGAAUUUCCCCGAACCACCCUAUCCUGACCAGAUUAUCUGCCCGAACAAAGAGGGAGUCGAAGGAUCAAUUUCGUUAUGGACCAUCAUGUCCAAAGUCAGGCUGGAAGCCUGCAUGUGGGGUGCUGGGACAGCCAUCGGGGAGCUGCCUCCCUACUUCAUGGCCCGGGCAGCCCGACUGUCCGGAGCCGAGCCGGAUGAUGAGGAGUACCAGGAGUUUGAAGAGAUGCUAGAGCACGCGGAGGCCGCACAAGACUUUGCCUCUCGUGCUAAACUGGCAAUCCAGAACCUGGUGCAGAAAGUCGGGUUUUUCGGCAUCCUGGCAUGUGCUUCAAUUCCGAAUCCUCUCUUCGAUUUGGCAGGAAUAACAUGCGGACACUUCCUCGUUCCCUUUUGGACUUUCUUUGGAGCCACCCUGAUUGGAAAAGCAAUAAUCAAAAUGCACAUCCAGAAACUUUUUGUGAUAAUCACCUUCAGCAGACACAUAGUGGAACAGAUGGUCUCCUUAAUUGGCUCUGUGCCCAGCAUCGGUGCGUUGCUCCAAAAGCCUUUUCAAGAGUACUUGGAAGCUCAGCGGAUAAAGCUGCGUAGCAGAGCCAACGAAGCACCCCAGGGUGAAAACUGGCUCUCGUGGAUGUUUGAAAAAUUGGUUAUAGUCAUGGUGUGCUACUUUGUCUUAUCCAUUAUUAACUCCACGGCCCAAAGUUACGCCAAGCGUCUCCAGCAACAUAUGCACUCUGAGGAGAAAACUAAAUGAGCUGGAGUGGGAAAGGGAGUGAUGGACCCCAAAUUCCACUGGAAUAACCAGCCUUGCAUUUAAAAAAAAUAAUACUAAUUUGCAAAGGAGGGACAGGGGUUCGGGGUGGGGUGGGGGUGGAAUCUUUUGUUUUUGGAAUACUGCUCUUUUUUAAAGUAACUCUGCCAUUAGUAACGAGUUCUCAUGGACCACCGUCUCUACGUUAAAGGUAAUAGAUGUACCCUUCUUUAAAUUUAAAUUAAUUUCUUGAUUUAUGCUUUCCCACUUCCAAAAGCACUACGUGGCUGGGUUGAUUUUUUUUUUCUUUACUUUUUCUUAUUUUUAAAGAAAAGUACCUUGCCCUCCGUAACUUUUAGUGCUACUGGCCAUGACGUUUAAUGUUCAAGAUGGACCACUCUGUCCCUGGGGGGUGCAAAACCAUCCUAGUCUUAAUCUGACUAGUCUUAGAUUUACUAGCUGCGGGCGUGGCCCUUUGAAGAACAUCUGGAAAUUCCCCAUUUCAUGUUCAUGGAGAGGUUGCUGGGGGGGUGUCAUCUAAUUCUUCUUUUCUUUGGGCCUAUUUAGAAGGGCAUUAAGUUACCAUCUCAGAUCAUUCCAGACCUCCCUGUUUUGGUCUUUUAAAACUAUCCCCAGUCCUUCCCCUUUUUGUGUUUUUGUUAACCCCCCUCCCUUUUUUUUAGUUCCCCUGCACCAUCUACCAGCCCCUGUUGUUGUCGAAUGCUCGCUAUGCUCCUUUGGAGCUUUUAGUUCUUGGAUUUUCCCAAGAACUCCUUGCUCAGAUAAAGGAAAUAGAAAGUGUGGACCUUGACACUGUUCAGUUAUUUUUAUUUAUUUAACUGACACGUAGCCCAAUACCCAGGGUAUUCUUGUGUUGAAUUUUUUAAUGGUUAACUCUUGCAGUGUUUCCAGAGCGCUAUUAGGAAAUGCACAAGAAGGUGGUUUGUAAGGUACAGGAAAGGUAACUGGAAUAAACAUUCAAAGAUAC